AUGGGUGCCACUCUGCCAGCCUUAGCAGAAGAACUGUUGAGAGAGAUAGAAAAGGCUUUUUGCGAGACAUCUCACGGUAGGUGGAGGAAGGUAUUUGCAUCAUAGAAUUAUAGAGUUCGAAGGGACUCCCCAGGGACAUCUAGUCCACCCGCUGCAAUGCUGGAAUCACAGCUAAAGAAUCCCUGACAGAUGGCUAUCCAACCUCUGCUUAAAAGUCUCUAAGGAAGGAGAGUUCACCAGCUUUCCAGGUAGUGGUCCGUUCUACUGUUAACGGGCUCUUACUGUCAGAAAGUGCUCCCUGAUGUUUACUCAGAAUCUAUUUUCUUGUCCUUUGAAUUCAUCGGUUCGGGUCCUACCCUCUGGAGCGAAGAAAACAAGAUGGCGACAUAUUCCACAUGACAGCCCUUCAGAUAUUUGAAGAUGGCUCUCAUGUCACCUCUCAGUCUUCUCUCCUCCAGCCAAAACUUGUUGUUGUUGUUGUUGUUGUUAUUUGUAUACCAUUGGCUCCCAGUACGUUUUCGAGUACAAUUCAGAGUGUUGGUGCUGACCUUUAAAGCCCUAAAUGGCCUUGGUCCUGUAUGCCUGAAGGAGCGUCUCCACCCCCAUCAUUCUGCCCGGACACUGAGGUCCAGCGCCGAGGGCCUUCUGGCGGUUCCCUCACUGCGAGAAGCGAGGUUACAGGAAACCAGGCAGAGGGCUUUCUUGGUGGUGGCGCCCGCCCUGUGGAACACCCAUCAGAUGUCAAAGACAUAAACAACUACCUGACAUUUAGAAGACAUCUGAAGACAUCACAGUUUUUAAUGUGUGACAUUGUAAUGUAUUUUUAAUCUUUGUUGGAAGCCACCCAGAGUGUUUGGGGAGACCCAGCCAGAUGGGCAGGGUACAAAUAAAUUAGUAGUAGUAGUAGUAGUAGUAGUAGUAGUAUACCACCCUUCAUCUGAAAAGCACAAAAUACAAAACAAAAACAAAAACCCAAGAACAAAACAAACCAAUUGCUCCCUCUUCCCACAAACACAUUUAGAAGGAUUUAGGAUGUGAAUCAGCCAAAGGCCUGGUUGAAGAAGAAUGUUUUCGCCUGACACCUAAUGGUGUAUAAUGAAGGCACCAGGGGAGCCUCCCUGGGGAGAGCAUUUCACAAACGGGGAGCCACCACGUUCUCGUGUUGCCCCCCUCCAGACGUCUCGGUGAGGAGGAUGCACGUGAAGAAGGGCCGCAGAAGAUGAUCUCAGGAUCUGGGGCUGUUCAAAAGGAGAGAGGCGGUCCUUGAGGGAUUGCAAGUCCUGAGCCAUUUAAAGCUUUAUAGGUCAAAACCAGCACUUUGAACUGGGCCCAGAAACCAAUUGGCAGCCACUGCAGUCAGGCCAGGCGCGGUGUAAUAUGUUCAAACCAUCUUGCCCGAUUGCUAAAUUCUGCACCAGCUGAAGUUUCCGAACCGUCUUCAGAGGCAGCCGUACGCAUAAUGCAUUGCAGUCAUCUAGCCUAGAGGUUACCAGAGCAUAGGCAACAGAGGUUAGGCUGUCCCUGUCCAAAUAGGGGUGCCACUGAGCCACCAGCUGAAGCUGCUGGGAGACAGUCCACGCCACAGAGCCUCAAGCAACAGCAAAGGACCCAGAAGUAUCCCCAAGCAACGUACCCACUCCUUCAGAGUGUAGCCCAGGGGUCGGCAAGGCUUACCUGGCCAGAUCACUCCGGCGAAGAUCCUCUGUAGGCCGGACCAGUGCGGUGCGACGCCAGAUAUCACAUAUGCACAUGUCUGUGGCACCAUAAAUUCCUUCUGCGCAUGCCCAGAUGCCAAAAAUCACUCCUGUGCAGAAGCAAUUUUUGGCUUCUGGGCAUGCUCAGAAGCCAUUUCCGGCACCGCGGACAUGCCCAGAUUUCCGGUGUCUGGGCAUGCGCAGAAGCAAUUUCCAGAGCCGUGGAAGAGAGCCGCUGCACUGUGCCAGUUUAGCGCAGUGCGCAGGGACUCGCCAAGCAGGUGGCUCGAUUUGGGGGUGGCUCGUGGGCCGGUUAAACCGCCUUUGUGGUCCGCUUCCAGCCCAUGGGCCUUAGGUUGCCUUCCCCUGGUGUAGCCCCAUCAAGAGCAGGCAAGCUCCCAUCCCUCUGCCUUAUCUGGAUGGAGCUUCCGUUUGUGGGCUGCCAUCGCCUCUCCCACCCCUCCUCACCAGCAGAGAGUGCCACAGCCCUGCCAACCAUGUGGAUAUUCUAAGCAGCGGCACAGAUCAGGCUUGAGCCAGAAUCCUCCCCGCUCCCCCCGCAGCCUUGGCCGGUUGUCGAGACAGGCGUGGAAGUAUUAUUGUCCUCUGCAUGCCAGAUUAGGGAGCUAUUUCGAUAACCCACACAGAACGAUUGCCCCCCACCCCCAAUAUCUAGAGUUUCUCUUAAUCCUCCGUGGUGCCUGCCGAGCCAGAGAGCCUGUUUAAUGACGUUUAUAUUUGGGCUUGGGCUGAAACCCAAACCCCAUUCCUGCUAGGACUAGUGGUGCCUGCCACCCCCAAUGGUUUGCCUUGCUCCGGGAGUGCAAUAUGGUUUGCACAGAAACCUCUGCUGAAGUGGAGUAGAAUGCAAACAGCUUUGUGCUGCCUGGAGCAAGGCGUGCUCCAGGAAAGCAAAGAAUGGGGCAGGCGGGCGCGGUUUAUUGGGAACAGCCUUGUGAGCCUAAUUGAGACUCUUCCUUCUGGCUCCUUCCUGUGGGCCAGAGGUUCUACACCCCUGAUCUAAAAACGUGUGGCACAAGAGGAAAAAGGAACCGGAGGGAUGAGGGGAAAGUAAGCGCAAGCAUUGGGAGGAAGUACAGAAUCCAGUUAUUAAUAACAGAUCUCAUCAGGGAUCCCGACCUAGUUUUCAGUAAUGGAAACUCAGCUUGUGUUGUUGUUUUUUUUGCACCAAAAUCCACUCCUGGUUCCCCUCUGGCUACCCCAACCUUCUUCAUUUUAGCAGCCUUGAUUUAGGAAGGUGGGUAAAACUUCGUUGCUGUGGCUGUUGUUAAACAACCAGCCAGAAGCUUUUGCAGAUCUGCGCAGAGAUUUUAUAAGAGUUCCUAAUUGACAUUCUGUGCCCUUCCCAGUACCUUGCUGUGGGCCAAAAUUAACGCUGCUUUUUCUCCUUCUUUUUUCCAGUUCCCGAUGACCUCCUCCUGGCGUGAGUAGUUGCUAAGGGGCCUUCAUUUGUGGCCCUAACAUAACGUAAACAGUUAAAAAUGCUUAACGUUCACACAGCAAAACAAUGUAUACAGGAGGGAGCUUGCAUAAAAUGACAUGCAUCCAUGAAAAUCAUAUACAAAAUGCAAGAUCUGGGAUGUUGCAAUGGUAGGUUUUGUUUACAAGGGUAAAUGAAACAUUGCAAAUAAGAAUUUUAAAAUAAAAUAUAUAAAUGCUUGCAACAGGGGACAUUGCUUGCAAAAAUGUUUGUAUCAGGAUGAACUCACAUCAAUAUGCUGUUGAAUUUUCUUUAAAAAGAAAAAAAAUAAUUGCAGAAAUGGAUAGAACUGGAGUCAGGGGUGGGGGAGAGACAGAAAUUGAGAGAAAUCAAAAUUGACCUAUCCCUAGUUCUGGGUGCUCCUUGCAACUAAUGCUGAACAAUGUUAUUUCCCUGGGAGGUUCUGCUCGCCACUUUAUGUAUUCAUUUACAGCAUUUGUACCCUUUACGCCAGCCAAAAAAGGAUCCUGGUGACUUACAAGCAAUCAGUUCAAACAAUCCCUGCCUGUAGGUUUACAAUAUGAAAGAACGCGGCACACGAGGGAAGAGGAAUAAAUCAAACUCGGGCACCAGAUAUUAAGCAAUUGUUCUUACCAGCUGGCAAAGUUCAGGGGUAGGAGAUGGAACAGGGUUUUUGGCAAAGCUGGUGGGUUAUGCCAGGAUCUCUGCCAUCACAUUUUGCUACACGAGUUUUUGCACUUGAGUGCAUCUUAUUGUCUUGGUUUGUUUACCUAUUCCAUUUAUGUCCCUCCAAGGACAGCAAGCUGGUGUUCCGUUUUUCUCCUACCUACUGUUUUAUCCUCACAACAACCUUUUGAGGUAGGCUAGGCUGAGAGGCUGUGACUGGCCCAUGUUCACCCAGUGAGAGCUUCACAGCCAAUCAGAGAUUUCAACCCCAGUUUUCUAGGUCCACUUUUAACCGCUACACAACACUGGCUUUCAAUACCCCACAGUUUUUUGCCUCGUCCACUUGGGUUGCUAGCCAUUUCUGAAACAACAGUAAUAAAUAAGUUUCUAGCCCUCAUUAGGGAAACACCCACUGAAAAUAUGUGAGCUCUUUUCUCCUUUAAGGCUUCAAAACAAGGACUUAGUCUGGAAAGGGGAAGGUUAAGGGAAUGGGAGGAAUCAGCUCGGUAAUAAUUUUGAGAGAGGAGAGCAAUGUUCCAUGAAAAGGAGAACCUCCAUCACUUAUUUGGGCUGUUUCUGCUCUCUUCCCCAUUCUUCCCUCUGGAUUUUCCUCCGCCAGCUGUUCCAUUCCUGAGUUGUCACCAGCUUCCUGCUCGUGCAAAGACAGAACAACUUUUUUUUAAAGGAGUGGCAUUUAUAAAAGGGGCUUGGAUUCUGAGUUUGGAAACAGACAUCCUUGUGGGCCUCCAGAGAUCCUUGACCACCCUCUCUUCCCGAGUCCUGAUCCUGCACCCGGCUGCACUCUUUCAUAUAUGCUUGCAUUUCUGACUCUCCGAUUCACGGCAUUAAGCGCAAGUCCAUCUGCCAGCCAUUCCGUGACGUAGAGAUUAGGGUCAACAGUGCUGUGCAGCCUUUAAAAUCCCUUGAGUUCUGUCCCGGGCUAUCAGGCGGAAUUAGAUCUGCUCUUCCCAGAAUAGAAAGCCCGUCUUUCUGAUACUGUUUUCAAACUGGGCCCUUCAGCCGAAAGCUGCCUCCUUCCGUUUUAAAAGUUUGCAACUGCAGUCGGCACGGCAUCAAGGCAAAACUCCACGUUGUACACCAAGCCGCCUUUGGUACAUCACAUCCUCAUGCCCCCAGAACCCAAGCCGGGAGGAUGUCCUCGCCUAAAAUAACAGCUAAAACCUCCCUAGUCUGUCAGACAGUGGGUUACGUCCUCCUGCUAGUCACACAGCCUCUCCUGACGUUGGUUGUGUGUGGUAACUGUGUCAUCACUGGAUUAAGGCUUCUUGGGGAGGGCAUUAAAUCAUCGCAUCGCGCUCUCGGGAUUUGCAGGGAUGUUGUUCCUCGGUUUGGCAGGUGCUUGCUCAGCCCUGCGAAAUGAUUUCUGCCAGAGUCCCCAAACCUGCAAACUUCAUUUGACAGCCGCACUGUGUAAAAGGAUUUGUCGGUUCGGAGGAAAACCACAUCACCUUUUUUUUUGCAAGCUUCCCUUCCUGGUCAUCGCUCACCACAGGUGACCAGGAAAUUUGGCUGUGUUAAUAGAUUGCUGUUGGGGUUCUUUUCAGUAAUGUAUUAACAGCACAAAGGUAAAGGUAAAGGUACCCCUGCCCGUACGGGCCAGUCGUGUCCGACUCUAGGGUUGUGCGCCCAUCUCACUUAAGAGGCCGGGGGCCAGCGCUGUCCAGAGACACUUCCGGGUCACGUGGCCAGCAUGACGGAGCUGCUCUGGCGAGCCAGCACCAGCGCACGGAAACGCCGUUUACUUUCCCGCUAUAAAGCGGUACCUAUUUAUCUACUUGCACUUGGGAGUGCUUUCGAACUGCUAGGUGGGCAGGAGCUGGGACCGAAAGACGGGAGCUCACCCCGCCACGGGGAUUCGAACUGCCGACCAUGCGAUCGGCAAGUCCUAGGCACUGAGGUUUUACCCACAGCGCCACCCGCGUCCCAUAACAGCACAAAACCUACUCACAAAAAUCAGACAGGAGAACAUCUGAAUUCAGCGGGGCUCAAGUACGUUUUGGAUUGCGGCUCGGGGAUGCUAUCCAACCAACCUGUUCCACUGGUACAAGGAUUUACACUUGCACAGUGGAAUUUCCCCCUCCCCUCAUGCAUGCCCGGUGCCCCUCCCCCCAAAUAUCUGCUCUGGAGGGUUGGGGGAACCCCUGGAACAGGUUUAGGGCAUGGAGUGAAGGAGACCAUUAGUCCUGAUGCAGAUGGGAUGAAUUACUUAGCACUACUCUGGCCAAAACCCUAAACAUCAUUAAUAAGGUGUCUUGAAAUCCAAAAGGUGUUUAAAACUGCAUGCCAGUUUGGCUGGGCAGUGUGGUGUAGUGGCUGGAGCCAGGCUGAGGAACUGGUGGCUUCAUGACGCUUUAGCUGGAUUCCCAGCUCCUCUUAGGGGUGAUGGCCGUUGCAGUCCAGCAACAUCUCGAGGUGUGCAGGUGCCUCAGGCCUGGGCUCGAAGUAUCUGAGCGGGACCAAAGGGAGCUGGGUUUGAAUCCCUCCUGGGUGACUUCGGGCCACUUCCUUUCUCUCAGCCACCUAUUGUGGGGAAGGGUGAAAUGCAAAAAAAAGUGGGAUAGCUCAGUUGGUAAGAGCACGAGCCUCUUAAUCUCAGGGUCCUGGGUUCGAGCCCCACAUUGGACAAAAUAUUCCUCAGGGUCCCUUCCAACUCCGCAGUCCUAGGAUUCUCUGAUUUAAAUAUCCAAGAGGAUUAAACCUUAAACAGGACCUCUCUGUUUCAAACCCAUUCAGCUUUAUAGUGUAGAUCUGAGACCUUCUCUAAAAACACCGCCCCAGAGCAUUUGGGCAACGGGGGCAGAGCUCGGCGGUUAGAAGCUUAACCCGGCCCCUUUUCCAUCUUCCCAGGCUGAAGUUCAUCUUUGGUGCUUCUGCCGUCCCUGCUCUGGACUUAGUGGACCGCCAAUCAGUCACACGAAUCACAUCUCCCAGCGGAAGGCAGGUCUACCAGGUACGACCCCCAAAGGUCUUGUCUUCCAGGCAGCGGGUGUGCAGUGUGGACUGAGGCUGGCGUGGGCAUUGGCUUCCUGAAACGCUGGUGGCACUGAAAUACCCCCCUUAGCAAGCAUUAGAAGGACUCAGGGACAGAAGCAUUGCUUUGCAUGCAGAAGGUCUCCCAGCUUCAGUCCCCAGCAUCUCUGGGCAUGUCUGGCAAUACUAAGCUAGGUGGGCUCUGCUUAAGGCAGCUUCCUUUGCCCCUUCUGAUAAGAGCCAGGGGUGCCUUUGCCAACUGGUGCCCUCCAGAUGUUCUGAAUCACAGCUCUCGGCAGCCCUGGCUGGAUUAAAACGUUUGCAUCCGUUGAUAACAGGAUCCCAGGGCAAUGUUGUGAGAAGGACGAUGAGGAACCAGGAAGGAGCGACAGUCGGGGUGGGAGAGAUCUCGCAGUUAAUACACCCGGAGUCUGCCCAGCGAACAGUCUGCGUUCAAAGACAGCCGCUGUCUCUGGUGUCUUAGGGAAGAAAUAAUAAUUGAAAAGCUCACUUCUUAAACUGGCAGACAGGGUCCCUCCCGGUCAAGUAAGCCAAGAUGAGCUGUCUGCUGCUGCUUCCUUCUAGAAAGCAGCCUCAGGCCUCUGAAGAACCACGGCCGGACAGCUCCUUUGCUCCCUGUUCACUUAAAACAUGGUUAGGCAAACUAAGGCCCGGGGGCCGGAUCCGGCCCAAUUGCCUUCUAAAUCCGGCCCGCAGGCGGUCCAGGAAUCAGUGUAUUUUUACAUGAGUAGAAUGUGUCCUUUUAUUUAAAAUACAUCACUGGGUUAUUUGUGGGGCAUAGGAAUUCGUUCUCCCCCCUCCCCUCCAAAAAAAUAUAGUCUGGCCCCCCACAAGGUCUGAGGGACAGUGGACUGGCCCCCUGCUGAAAAAGUUUGCUGACCCCUGGCUUAAAAGAUUCCUUAUGCACGAUGUCCCAGGAAACGUAGUUGUGAAAAAGCAGAUUAAAUAAUUGCGAUUGUUUAAAUACAUAAGAAGCGUCCCAAAUGGAACCAAACAGUAUAAAUUCAGCUGAGAGAUGGGCCCCACAAAACAAAGUAUCUUAGCUCUUAAAAAAGGGGUGGGGUGGGGUUUAACAUGCGGGAACUAAAACAAAACAUAGUAAAAUAAUAAAUAAAUACAAAGAAAGGUCAACACAAUACCCCACUAAAAAAUAAGGUGUGAGCAUUCAAUACAAUGAUGAAAAACUGUCCAUCAUUUAGAAGUAUUGCGCUUCAUACUGGCUGUGACAUAAAUGAAUGGAAAAUUGUGGAAGGUAUCUUAGCUCUCAAAGGCCAAGUAGAGAGUUGGGUCUUCAGCCCCAUGGCAGAAGCUGUGUGUUAAAGAUGCCAAACGCAGCUCUCUGGGGAGGCAGAAGAAUCUGGGGCUGCAGCAGGCAAGGCCCUCUCCUAGGUCCUAUUUCCCCAGAUCGCCACCAUGACUAGCACAGACAUUGAUUGCCUUCCCCUCAUGAAUUUGUCUAUUCCUCUCAUAAAAAGCCAUACAUAUGCCCUGCGGAGGACCUUACGGUCUUCAAACAAAAACAUCUUGGAGGUCCCGGGCCACAGGGAGGUUAGGCUGGCCUCAACCAGAGCCAGGGCCUUUUUGGCUGUGGCCCUGAUCUGGUGGAACGCUCUGUCCCAAGAGACUAGGGCCCUGCGUUACUUGACAUCUUUCCGCAGGGCCUGCAAGACAGCGCUGUUCCGCCUGGCCUUUGGUUUGGACUCAGUCUGACCCUUAUGUUUUCCCUCCCCUUAUGGUCUUGAUUUAUCAGCUACUUUUAAAAUGAGGCUGCAUUUUAAAUUGGUUCCCCCUCCCCAUUAUGUUUUUACUGUGAUUUUAUUUCUGUUAGACGCCCUGAGCCCAGCUCUGGCUGGGGAGGGCGGGGUAUAAAUAAAAUUUAUUAUUAUUAUCACAUGUUGACGGCCAUCAUUGCCUCCUGCGGAAGAGAGUUCCGCAGUUGGCCAUUCUGCGCUGUGUCCUGCUGAAGUCCUUUCUUUUCUCUGUUUGGAUCUUCCACCAUUCCGCUUCCUUGGGGGCCCCAUGGGGUUCUGGUCUUACAAAACAGUUGGGCUCUUCUAUGCCCUCUGUGGUAAUGGGAAACCAAAGCUGCUGAGGGGUUGCAGUGUGAGAUAACUGGGUCUUUGCUGGAGAGUAGAUGCUUCAUCUUCCAGUGCCACCCCGCCCCCUCAGCUUCUCUGAUCUGUUUGUUUGCUCCUGCUAAUUUACGUCCUCUUUUUUUAAAUUUUUUAAGGAAAAGAUAACUUUCAUCUCAAUUACCUAUUAUUUCUGUGGCAGCCUGCCCCCAGAGCAGUAAAUAAGUGGAUUAGGCCUGCCAGGCUGAAAUAUCGUCUGGGGCUCCUCCCGAGCCCUUGGACCAAAACAGGAGCCAGAUUAGCUGCGUGACGGAUGACACCCGGAGCUGGAGCGGUUGUGUCUGUUGGUCACAUGCCAGUUUUGCAUCCCUUCUCCGUCCGCCCCCGGCUUGGAUGAGUAGGCGGCUCAGCACUCUCUUCCUCUGCCGCAGCGGCUCCUAACCCUACGUGCGAGGUGGACCCGCAGCAGAACUGGAGCGGAUGCGUCUGUUGGUCACACGCCAGGCUUUUCCUCAGGCACUUUGGUGGGGCUGAAUAGCAAUCCCUCCCCCCAAAAAAGAGAGAGAGAGAGAGAGAACCCUCUCAUUGUGGCCAAUCUGGAGUCAAUUCAGGACAGCUCGGCUCGGAAGUAUGUUCCUCUGGCUCGCUUUGGUACCUCAGGACAUUGGCGCUUCAGGCCAAGACCUGACGGCCCGACACUCCGGAACCAGGCCAUCUUAACACACGCCUCCCCAUGAGAUGCUCUGACUGCCUCAGGGAAGACUGGCAGACCCUCCCACCCCCUCAAAGGAACACGAGGAGAAAAGAAAAUAUUAGCAUCUUUCUUUUUCCACCCCCCCAGAAAAAACCCGUACAAAAACCAAGCCGAGAGGCCUGGGCCCCAGAGACUUGAUCUUUCAAAUUCCAAACAGUUAGAGCCGCUUCACGAGACGUCCGUUCUUUUUUUGUUUCCGGUACCGGAGUCUUCUUUUGAAAAUAAUGAUUUUCUAAAAAUUCACUCGUGCCGUUGGCGUCCGAGGAAGGAUACUACCGGGUGCUGUGGGAAGCAUGCUUGCCCGUGGGUUCUCUUUUUUUUUCAUUAUGGCAUUCAAUAUCUCACCCUUCCUUCCGUAGGGAGAGUGGAUAGAGAGAACUUUUGGACUACAAUUCCCAUCAUCCACAAAGCUGUGGCCGAUGGGUGUUGUAGUCCAAAACAACUCAGAGGGUUGAACGUGUGGACAUCCAGGGAAACUGAAUUUUGAAAGGCUCAGGACAGAUAAAAGAAAGCGCUUCUUCCUGCAGCCCAGAGUUAAACUAUGGAACUCCCUCCCACUGGACGCAGCAAUGGCCACCAAUUGGAUGGUUUUAAAAGAGGAUUAGACAAAUUCAUGGAGGAAGAGAGGGCUAUGGAUCGCUCCUAGCCAGGAUGACUCUGCUCUGCCUCCAUGUCUGGGGGCAGCGAUGCUUCUGAACCCCCGUCACUGGAAACUGCAGGAGGCGAGAGCUGCUCUUGUGCCCAGGCCCUGCUUGCUGGUUUCCCAUGUUGUUAGCUCUUCUUUUAUGUUUUUAGCUGUUUUUUAUCUUUAUCUGUAAGCUGCCUUGAGUCCCUGUCAGGGGUAAAACUGGGGUAUAAAUAAAUAAAAUUGUUGUCGAUGAUGAUGUUAUGCUCCAGGAGUUGAGGGUCCCCUCGAAUGAGACCGUUUUCAUGACGACCCUGUGAGGCAGGCUGGGCUGGGAGCAAGCGACUGGCCCAAAGGCUUCACUGUGGUGUAGUGGUUAAGAGCGGUAGUCUCGUAAUCUGGGGAACCGGGUUCGCGUCUCUGCUCCUCCACAUGCAGCUGCUGGGUGACCUUGGGCUAGUCACACUUCUCUGAAGUCUCUCAGCCCCACUCACCUCACAGAGGGUUUGUUGUGGGGGAGGAAGGGAAAGGAGAAUGUUAGCCGCUUUGAGACUCCCUAGGGUAGUGAUAAAGCGGCAUAGCAAAUCCAAACUCCUCCUCUUCUUCUUCUUCACUGGUCAAGGGUGGCAGAUCUGAGCCUGGAUCUGACACAGACUCCUCUAUUUCUAACUCCCCAGCCCACCUCAAUCCUUCAGGCUUUCAUAUAACCCACGUUAGAUACGGCUCUCCUUUUGUGCGUGUUACAAAUAAUAUGUUUUCCCUCCUUCUGCCCACAGGUGGUUGGAAGCUCAGGCAAACACUACACUUGUUACGCCUCCUGCCACUUUUGCUCUUGCCCGGCCUUCAUGUUUUCUGUCCUCCGGAAGGGCGACAGUCUUGUGGUGAGUCUGACCAGCAAGGAGGAAUGUCAGGGCAAGAGGCUCUGCGAUGGCAAGACAGGUAGAGCGGGACAGAGAAUCCUAGCAGUGAGGCAGCUCUCGUGCAGCCCACUCCAACCUGGAGCUCUCUGAGUUGUUUUGGACUACAACUCCCAUCAGCCACAGCUUUGUGGAUGAUGGGAAUUGUAGUCCAAAACUAUCACCAGCCCCCAGAUCGUACGGCCGCUUGGAUGAAGGUAGUUGUCGCCCAACAGCAUAUUGAGAGUCGCUUCCUUUUUCUCAUUGUUCCGCUCAACUUCUGCAAAGGAGGAAUUAUUGAGCUCAAAAGACUAGUAGUGAGGGAACGUGGCUCAGUGGGCAGCAUCCGUGUUUUCCUAUGCAAAGCCUGCCAAGUUCAAUCUCCUGGCAGCUCCUAUUAAAAAGGGAUUGUGUUGCAAGGGGCAUAGGGAAGACCUCGCCUCAGAAAGGGAAAUUGCAGAGCUAGGAAGGGGCAGCAGAGAUGAUCAAGGGACUGGAACAACUCUCCUGUGGAGGAAAGGCUAUAAUGUUUGGGCCUUUUUCGUUUAGGGGAAUAAAGGGAAGGAAGUGGGGAGAUACGAAGGAGAUCGAUAGAAUUGUGCCUGGCAUCAAGAAAGGGGAUAGUGUGUCGUUUUUCUCUGUUCCUCAUACAGAGAAGCUGAAUGUUGGAAGACUCAGGACAGACAAGAGAGUUUCUUCACACAACACAGGGUUAAACUGUGGCUUUGUGGCCACAAGUAGCCACCAAUUUGGAUAGCUUUAAGAGACGAUUUAAGAGAGGGACACGGGUGGCGCUGUGGGUUAAACCACAGAGCCUAGGACUUGCCAAUCAGAAGGUCAGCGGUUCAAAUCCCCGCGACGUGGUGAGCUCCCGUUGCUCAGUCGCUGCUCCUGCCCACCUAGCAGUUCGAAAGCACAUCAAAGUGCAAGUAGAUAAAUAGGUACUGCUCCGGUGGGAAGGUAAACAGCGUUUCCGUGCGCUGCUCUGGUUCGCCAGAAGCGGCUUAGUCAUGCUGGCCACAUGACCCAGAAGCUGUACGCCGGCUCCCUCGGCCAAUAAAGCGAGAUGAGCGCCGCAACCCCAGAGUCGGUCACAACUGGACCUAAUGGUCAGGGGUCCCUUUACUUUUACCUUAAGAGACGAUUAGAGAAGCUCAUAGAGAAUACUGCUAGCUCAGGGGCUGCAAGCCAUGCUGGCUGUGCACUGCCGGAAACAGUACGCUGGGAACCAUGCAUGGAAGAGAGCUGUUGUGCUCCUCUCCUGUGAGGACAGGAUGCUGGACAAGAUGGGCUUGUGGUGGUGGGGAGACUGGUCCAACAGCCAGGGUCUCUUCAAAUGUGCCCCCCACCCUGGCCUGAGACUCCCAGCGGCAAACGGAGGCUUGUUUUUCAGCCUGCGUUAGAAAGAAUCCUGCCUCUGCUCUGGGCACAUGGCUGUGCUGCUAACCGUUCUCAUUCCUCCCUUGCAGUGUAAGCACCUUCUCGCCGUCUACCUCAGCCAGGCGCUCGGGUCCUGCCAGGAGCUGACUGUCCCAGACAAGCAGCUGACCAGACUCUUGUUGCAGGAGGAGGAGGAGGAAGAAAGAUGA